ACGUGAAAAAGACGCGAGGUUGUUUUAUUUUAUUAGAGUAGUCCGAAGCCGUUUGGAAGAAGAGAAAACAUUGGAUGGUUGGGUCUCAGUGUUGGGCAACCUUUUAACGGAAUACACGCUGCUGUUAACAAUUUCUUUGAUAUUUCAGAGAAAUGACUCUGUUUCUUGUGAACAGGUACCUUGGAGACGAUGAGGAUAGCGUCAUCUCCAAGGAGUCCCGUUCCCAAGCGUUGCUGACCAAACUACAGCAGAAGGUGCAACAGAAGCAAAGACAGAGUUUAACAAAGCAGAGAGAAUGUAUUGUUGAAGAACAAACAGAGCAGCAGAAAGUUACAGCAACCACCAGCAAUGAGAGACGAAGCAAUGGAAAGCAUCAACACAACAAUAAGAGGAAAUCAGAAGUGGGAGUUCUGUGUGAUACAGAUGAGAAUUCCAAGUCUGUGGGAAAAAAGAAGAGAAAAGGAGGUGCAGAUAAGAAGCAGAAGAAUCAACAGUCAGGUAACUCAGUCGAGGGUGUUACUCCUGAAAGCUUCAGAUGUGAAACAGAGGACUCAAAAAACGACUCAUCUGCCUUUACAGGAUUCCCUGUUCUCGGUGGUUUUGAGAGCAGACCUGUCCAUAAGGUAAAGAUGGUCCUGCCUCAGUGGCUAGCUGAGCCAGAUAUGAUUCACAGAGACAUUAAAUUGAACCUGGUCCCAAUUUCUUCUGCUUCUGGGAUUUCUGCUCAGCUCCUUAGGAAACUGGAGACCAAUGGAAUUCAACACUUUUUCCCAGUCCAGGCAGAGGUAAUCCCGGCCAUCUUGGAGGGUGCACAACAUGGACUUCUUAUUGGUAGAGGAGGUCACAGACCCAGAGAUAUCUGUGUAUCUGCACCAACAGGCAGUGGCAAGACUCUUUCAUUUGUCAUACCUGUCAUACAGGUGCUAAUGGAGCGGGUGGUUUGUGAAAUCCGGGCUCUGGCUGUGCUGCCGACCAAAGAGCUUGCCCAGCAGGUUUACAAAGUGUUUGCAUCAUAUGCCGAAGGAACUCCUGUGAAAGUGGUCAUGCUGGUGGGUCAGAGGUCAUUUGCUGCAGAGCGUGCCUCACUUUUGGAGCAAAGAGGGGGUGUGAAGUGCUGCGCAGCAGACAUAGUUGUUGCUACUCCAGGACGACUGGUUGAUCACAUCAACAAAAACUCAGGCUUAUGUCUGGAACAUCUUCGGUUUCUGAUCAUUGAUGAGGCUGACAGGAUGAUCGACAGCAUACACCAGUCAUGGCUCAGCCUGGUAGUGAAGGCGGUGUACCGCUCACAAACUGCACCAGGAGCCAGGACCCUCCUCAGGAGGACAGAGCCUGUAUGCAUCACAGCAGCCAGUUUGUCUCCUGCUCAGAUGCCACUUCAGAAGCUGCUUUUUUCUGCCACUCUCACUCAGAACCCAGAGAAGCUGCAGCAGCUGGGCCUCUACCAGCCCCAGCUUUUCAGCUCUGUUCACAGCCCCUCCAGCAGCACAACAGCAGACCCCACCCAGAAACAAGAGCGCUUCGACUUCCCCCAGGGACUUACGGAGUAUUAUGUUCCUUGUACGAUAAACAAGAAGCCUCUGCUCAUCCUUCACUUCAUCCUAUAUUUGAAGCUCUGCCCCAUCCUCUGUUUCACCAACUCAAGACAAACAGCACACAGACUACGCCUUUUAGUGCAGCUGUUUGGUGGAGUGCAAGCAGCUGAAUUCUCCUCACGACUCUCUCCUGGUGAGAGGAAGAACACCUUGAAGGACUUUGAACAUGGGAAGAUCCAGCUGCUGAUCAGCACAGACGCAGCUGCCAGAGGCAUCGAUAUCAAUGGGGUAAAAUGUGUUGUCAAUUAUGACGCCCCACAGUAUGUCAGGACCUACAUUCACAGGGUUGGUAGAACAGCGAGAGCUGGAAAAGCUGGACUGGCCUUCACCUUUCUGCUCAGAGUACAGGAGAUAAAAUUCCUUCGGAUGGUAAUGGAUGCAGGAAGCCCAGGGAUUCAAAAGCAGAUGAUUAAACCACAAAGCCUAACGUGGAUGGAAGUCCGGUAUGAAGAAAUCCUGCAGGAGCUGGCUGAUGUCAUCAAGGAUGAGAAAGCAAGACACUGAAGCUACAAGUUUUCUUUUGUCAUCAGACCACUCCUGAACUUCAGUUUUAAUACUAUCUUUGGAAAUGGUUUUCUUGUUGCUUUUUCAGAUUAGUAUGAGACAGCUGUUCUCUUGGCUUCUUAACUGAGUGAAUAUAAAGGGGGUCACAUGUGCUUACCUAUCAGCUCACAUAAUAAAAGCUCAUCUAAUCAA